AUGUAUACAAUUUUUAACAAACCAUUUUAUAAGGAAACUCCUAAUAUUAUCAUUAAUGAUUUGAUUAAGAGAAAUCAGACUAUGACUAUUAAUCUAUCCAAUGAUAUAGCCAAUGCUAUUUUACUGUCAUUUCCAUCAGAAAUAAAGGAUGUAUAUUUUCUAAGGGAUGUAUCUUGUAAAGCUCCAAAAGGGAAACUUUACUCAAAAUAUUUCAAUACAAUGAAGAAAUUACAAAGUGUUGGAUUAAAUUCCACUAGUAAAACAUACGAGAAUAAUAAGAAAAUUCUAUGUAGAUCUGAAGAUCGACUUGAUUAUUCACUCGAAAUGGAACCCGAAUCUGAAGAUUUGUGUGCAAGUUUACAAGAUUCAGACUUAACUUGGCCUGAAAUUGAGACAAUUUGGAAAAAAACUAACAAUUUUAGGCUUCAAUAUAUUAAGAAUAACAACACAGCGUCUAUUUUCAAAAAAUGGAUACAGUUUACUCAACCAAUGGGCUAUAAAUUGGUAGAGAUAGAUUUCUGUCACAUGUACUCAAACUUUAAAAACCUACCAGCCAAAUUUGAAAGAAAGUCAUCUUUGCUAUUGAAAAUAUUUGACGAAAGAAUAAAAGAUAAUGCAAGUAAAAUAUUAUUAAAUCAAUUAAAAGAAUCUCCUGAUUUAUGCGAAAAUGGGAAAAACUUGGUUAUAUUUUAUUUGAUGCAUUCGUUAUUUGUACCUUCAUCAAGAAAAAUUACCAGAGAUGACAAUGGAAAAAAAUCUGUCAUAAAAUAUUCCAUAAAAGAUUCUCAAAAUACAUUUAUUAUAGAAGCAUCUACUCCCCUUGAACUAGAAGUCAUCAUAGAGAAACUGAAAAAACAAGAAAAUAAUAUACAGCCAUGUAUACUAGUUGUUGGCUCAUUAUUAAACCCUAAACAAAUAAUAGUAUAUUUCGAUGAUGUUAAAUACAAGUUGUUUUCUGUUUUUAAAGCUAUCGAUAUUUGUUUUAAGCUAUUCCAUGUUUUUAAUCUUGAAUAUCCAUAUGAAUCAAGUAACGUGUGGUUAUUUUUGCAAAAUUAUUUUUAUGAAAUUAACACUAAAUAUGACAAAAGUUGUAGUUUAGUAAAGCAAAUUUUCUCAGAAUUAGAUGCAAAUUAUAAUAUUUAA